AUGAAUGGCUUGUUGCAUGUUGAUGUAUCCUACAAUGAGUUGCAGGGUCCCAUUCCCAAUAGCAAAGCAUUUGUACAGGCUCCCAUGGAAGACUUUCAAGGGAAUAAGGGAUUGUACGGGAAUGGUAGAGGGCUACGACCAUGCAAACAUAUCUCAAAAAGGUCCCACAAAGGAGUGCUUGUAGUAAUUUUUCCUAUCGUUGGAUCACUUUUAUUUCUUCUUGCUUUCUUCGGAAUUCUUCUCGUUUUACAAAGAAGAAAGAAAGAUCUACAAUCGAAAGAAAGCAACAAGCAGAAUGGAGGACUACUUUCGAUAUUAACUUUCGAUGGAAGAAAGAUGUAUGAAGAAAUCAAAAAAGCAACUGAAGGUUUUAAUGACAUGUAUUGCAUCGAAAAUGGAGGAUGUGGAGUCGUCUAUAAAGCAAACUUGCCAUCUGGUGAGAUAGUAGCAGUGAAGAAACUCAACCCGCAACCUGAUGGUGAUCAGAAAAUAAUCGAAAAGCAGUUCUUAAAUGAGAUAAGGGCAUUAACCGAAAUACGACAUCGAAACAUCGUCCAACUUCAUGGAUAUUGUUCACAGAUUCGACAUUCGCUUUUGGUUUAUGAGUACCUCGAAUUUGGCAGUUUGACAACAAUUAUGGAGAAUGAAGAGGCUGCUAAAGAAUUAGACUGGCGUAAGAGGUUGAAUAUUGUUAAAGGAGUGGCUCAUGCCUUGUCUUACAUGUACCAUGACUGCUCACCACCAAUAAUUCAUCGGGACAUAAAAAGUAGCAACAUCUUGAUAGAUUCUCAACAUGAGGCACAUGUUUCAGACUUUGGCAUAGCUAAGCUUCUCGAGCUAAACUCAUCCAAUUGGACAUCCUUUGCAGGCACAUACGGAUAUAUAGCACCAGAGUUUGCUUAUACAAUGAAGGUGUCUGAGAAAUGUGAUGUAUAUAGCUUUGGGGUGCUGUCAUUGGAAGUCAUAAAAGGAAAGCAUCCAGGUGAUUCCAUCUCCUCACUUUCAUCUCCAUCAACUAAGGAAAAUAUACACCUGAAGGAUGUUUUGGACCAACGCCUUCCAUUUCCAGAACGUCAAAUUUUGGAUGAUCUUGUCGUUGUUGUAAACCUUGCAACUAAGUGCUUGAAUGCUAAUCCACAAUCUAGGCCUACUAUGCUCAUAAUUUCUCAAGUUUUAUCUUCCAAAACCUCACGGUCCUAGAGACGACUUUUUUUUUUUUUUUUCCCAGUUGCAUAAGGAAAGUCAUGCUGUGCCAUAAGAGUAUUGGCAUAGAGUCGUUUCGUUUCAUUGCAAGUAGAUCUAGAUGUUCUGUUUUUACAUAGCAUUCUUCUCU